AUGACAGAAAUAAAUCAAUUAAUGAGUGGAGCUGAACGCUUUGUUGAUGCGAGAAUGAAACUUAAUCGUGUUCCAAACUUGCGAGAUUUAAAUGAUUUAGCAGCUUAUCGCUUCGUUUACUACAAAUUCAAUUCACGAAAGAGUGUUGUUGCUACUUGCGACUACAAAUUGGAAACGAGAAUAUUUAUGAACUCAUUGGUUGAGGCUUUUCUAUAUGACUUGAGCAUAAAGCAGAAGAGCGAAAAGUGA